AUGUUCAGGACCCCCGCAGAGAGACCCUUCCGCUGCCACGGCCGCCCGUCGAGCCCGCGCCGCUCCGGGUGCCCGGUGCCGGCGCCGCAGCCCGCGCCGCUCUCGCGAAGUGACUGCGCCGCUGCUCGCCCGCACUAUAUCCCGGCGGCGGCGGCGGCGGCGGCACAGGCGGAGGCAGCGGCGGCCGCGGCGGCGGCGGGGCGGCGGGAGGGGGCGGAGACGCGCGAGCCGGCGGGCGGGAGGAGGCGUGGCCAGGCGGAUCCCUCCGCGCCGCACGACGGCCUCUAUCGGAGGCGCGCGGCUACGGAUGCGUCCGCGCCGAGUUCAGCGCCGUGGGUUCGCGUCCCGGUGCCUCUUGCCGUUGAGAAGGAGCAGACGCCGCGGAGGAAGACUCCACGCGCACCCCGCGAGAAGCGCUCGCUGCUGGAUGGGCUCCCCUGGACCGCGGGGAGGGAGUUCAGCGGCCCUGAGAGCUGGAGAGCUGCCGACCUUCCCCCGCAGGGUCCCGUGUCCCGAGCUCUCCCGGCCUCUGCGGCUCAGCGGCUGCACGCGGUGCAGCCCCGGCUCUCUGGUCCACGAGCUGACGCGCUGGUGGGAGGGAGGAUGGGGUCUCCAGAGCUCCCCGAGGCCGCCCUCCUGGGCGCUCAGACUGGAGCUGCUUGGCACCUCCGCAGGGGUCCCCUCCCCAGCUCUGCUGCACUCUGCAACGGCGGAGGGGAAGCGGAUUCUCGCGUCUACACUGCCUGCCUCCCGGGCGCUGGAGGGUAG